CCACACCACAAAAAAUUGUUCUUAAACAAAAAAACGAAAAAAAGGAACUUACACUAAACAGAAGAUGCUUAGGAUUGAGAGUGUUCUAACUACCCGUGCGGUUGUAACUGCACUCCCUCAAACUCAUAAAAGUAAUAAUAGUACAUUAUGGUUCCAAUCAGUCCCAAGAAGCUAUAAAUUGUGUCGUAAUCCUUUGUUGUUGAAUAAUUCUAAAAGGAAGGCCAGUUAUUCUUCUUCUAACAGUUCAAGAAUGACGAGUUUCACUACACGCGCUGCAGUACAACCUCUGAAAAAUGCUGAUGAGCUCAUUGAUUCCGUCGAGACUUUUAUCUUCGAUUGUGAUGGAGUUAUAUGGAAAGGUGAUAAAUUGAUAGAAGGAGUUCCUGAAACACUUGACAUGCUUCGGUCAAAGGGAAAAAGGUUAGUUUUUGUCACCAAUAACUCAACAAAGUCUAGGAAGCAAUAUGGAAAGAAGUUUGAAACACUAGGCUUGGAUGUUAGCGAGGAGGAAAUUUUUGCGUCGUCUUUUGCAGCUGCUGCAUACCUGAAGUCCAUUGAUUUCCCAAAAGAUAAAAAGGUUUAUGUCAUUGGAGAAGAUGGCAUUUUAAAAGAGCUUGAGCUUGCUGGAUUUCAAUAUCUUGGUGGACCAGAAGACGGUGACAAAAAGAUAGAGUUGAAGCCAGGGUUUUUAAUGGAGCACGACCAUGAUGUUGGUGCAGUUGUAGUUGGGUUUGAUCGCUACUUCAACUACUACAAAAUCCAGUAUGGAACACUCUGUAUUCGUGAAAACCCCGGGUGUCUCUUCAUUGCUACGAAUCGAGAUGCUGUUACACAUCUCACAGAUGCUCAGGAAUGGGCAGGUGGAGGCUCUAUGGUUGGUGCUCUCGGUGGAUCUACUCAACGUGAGCCUUUAGUUGUCGGAAAACCCUCAACUUUUAUGAUGGACUACUUAGCAAACAAAUUCGGCAUUGCAAAAUCACAGAUAUGUAUGGUUGGAGACAGAUUGGACACUGACAUAUUGUUUGGGCAAAAUGGCGGCUGCAAAACUCUUCUUGUACUCUCAGGGGUUACCUCGCUGGAGACUCUUCAAAGUCCUAACAAUUCCAUACAACCAGACUUUUACACCAACAAAAUCUCUGAUUUUCUCUCUCUCAAAGCUGCGGCGGUGUAAUUCAACUAGAAAAAUCCUGCUGGGCAUAUCUAAAUUCAUGUGUUCAACAAAAAAAAAUCUAAAAUGGCAAUAUUUUUUAGAAUGUUAUUCUUAUGUUAUAUUAAUUUAUCUAAUUAUACUAAGAUGAAUGGAACUACAUCUAUAUUUAGAGUACUGAAGUUGUAUUUGUUUGCAAAACAACUAAAGAUGGAGUAUUACAUUUAUAUAUUUUGAGUACCUUCUAUGGAA